AUGGCGGAUGACAUCGAUGUUGAGGCGAUGCUGGAGGCGCCUUACGCGCGUGAUGGCCAUGCCAAGUCCAAUGGUCAUCGGAGGCGCGAUCGCUCCCGUUCCAAAGAACGCAGUCGAAGACAUCGUUCACGCAGCCGCAGCUACGAUCGACGUCGGGAUCGUGAAUUCGACGACAGGGGUCGGUAUGAUCGGUCGCACCACCACGGACAUGACCGAGAUAGGUAUCGGUCCUCUCGGUAUGAUGAUUCCCGCGAGUAUGAAAGAAGACCUCAUCGCAGCAGUGAAAGAAAACACAAAUCGCCCGAGCUAACGCCUGAGGAACGGGACGCAAGAACCGUCUUCGUGUGGCAACUGUCUGCUAGAAUCCGACAACGCGACCUGGAAGAUUUCUUCACAUCCGUUGGUAAAAUUAAGGAUGUACGUCUCAUCAUGGACAACAAGACAAAGCGUUCUAAGGGGAUAGCGUACGUUGAGUUCCGAGAAGUAGAGUCAGCUCAACUAGCCUUGGGUUUGACUGGUACUCGCUUGCUUGGUGUUCCAAUCCAGAUUCAGCAGAGCCACGCGGAAAAAAAUCGUGUGAAUGCCACUCCCGCCGUCCCACGUCCAGCACAGCAAAAUAGGGGUCCAAUGAAACUGUACAUUGGUUCACUUCAUUAUAACAUCACAGAGGAAAUGCUGAAGGGGAUUUUCGAACCAUUCGGGAAGAUCGAGGAAAUCAAGCUGAUAAAGGAUUUAACCACCGGUCGCUCCCAAGGUUACGGCUUCGUUACCUAUGCAAAUAGUGAUGAUGCAAAGAAAGCACUAGACCAACUGAACGGUUUUGAACUUGCCGGUAGACCGAUGAAGGUAAACCAUGUCACCGAAAGAGGUGAGUACGGAAGUCUUGGUGCUCUGGAUAGUGACGAAAUCGAUCGUGCUGGUGUCGACUUGGGAACUACUGGUCGUUUAUCUCUGAUGGCGAAACUCGCAGAAGGUACUGGUCUUGAAAUCCCGAAGGCUGCUCUUGCACAACUUCAUAUAUCCCAGGCCAAUCCGGCACUUGGCUCAGCCGGGAGUGUUAGCUCGUCUUCCGCAAUCGCACCUCCCGUAUGCACUCAGUGUUUUAUGUUAUCCAAUAUGUUUGACCCGCAUACCGCAACGCAUACUAUGUUCAAUGAAAUUCGGGAUGACGUAAUAGAAGAGUGCACCAAGGUUGGUGGCUGCUUGCACAUCUUUGUGGAUCAGACAAGCGCUCAAGGAAACGUCUAUGUCAAAUGCCCUAGUAUCGCUGUUGCCACACAGUGCGUCAAUAUGCUUCAUGGCCGUUACUUCUCUGGUCGUUUGAUCACAGCGGCGUAUGUGCCCUUAAUCAAUUACCAUCAACUCUUCCCAGAUUCCACAACCGCCAAAACUCUACUUCAACCCUCCAGCUAA